UAAUGCAAGAAGAAGCAGAACUGCUGCAGUUGCAGUUUUUACUUUUCUGUGCUUCAUCAAUGUGUUUUAACUAAAGAGAUGACUAAAUGUCCUCGCUGCAACUGUGAGGCGACUGGGGAGAAUCGUCUGGUCACCGACAGCUGUGGACACAUGAAGUGCCGCCUCUGCCUUGUGGCGGAUGUAUCCGAUUGCCUGGAGUGCCGAAUUGCAAGCGAGCAAGGUGCCAGGACACCAAAGCAACAGGAACCCAAAGCAAUUACAUCUGCAGACAAACGCAUCAUAGUUACCGAUCGGGGAUAUCACUGCACGGUAUGCAAAAAGGACUUCCGCAGUCGCACCCAGCAGUAUUAUCACCUGGCCUGCGGCAACGAUCUUCUCAAGAAAUUUAGCUGCAAGGAAUGCAGUCGCAGAUUUGCCACUCGCUCCCAUUUAAAGUACCACCUCAGCAGCCAUGCGAAGCUACCGGAGCACUCGUGCAACGCCUGCGGCAAAAGAUUCAAACAGCCAGUCGUUCUUCAGCGCCACAUGCUAACCCACAACCAGGAGCAGCAUGUGUGCCCGCACUGCGAGAAGGUUUUCCGUCGCAAUAGCUCCCUUAAAAGCCACCUGGCGAUCCACACCGAUUUAGGCCUACCCUAUAAGUGCGAACUCUGUUCCAAAAAUUUCCAGAACAAGGCGAAUCUGAAUCAGCACUUGCAGAAGCACGAUAAGAACAGCAUCCGACACAAGUGCAAGGUCUGCGAAAAGUCCUUUCUGCGCCAGACCACGCUGCGGCUGCACAUGAAGCGUCAUUCGAAUCGCCAGCGCCUAUCCUGUUCCCUGUGCGGCAAGAGCUACAACGAUGUAGAUGCACUGGGCCGCCACCUGAAGCAGCACAAGGGUGUGGAACGCUUCCGCUGUAUGCACUGCGAAAUCACAGUCAACCGGAAGGACAACAUGCUGCGACACCUGCGGUCAAUGCAUCCCGGUUGUGCGUUCGACAGCAGUGUGGAGAUGGUCACACCGGGAUCCAGGGCCCUGGAGGCCACAGCGGCGGUGGAAAGACCAGCCGAGAACGUGCGUUACAAUAGCGUGAUCCAGAGCGUGGGCAACGUGGAGCCAGUUAUGCUACCACCACAGCCGACUCUACCAGUUCCACUUCCAGAGAUGCAGCUGGAUCCAACAGAUGUGGUAACAGAACACCUGCCACUGCCAGAUGUCAUGCCUGAGAAGAACGUCCAACUUUACCGCAAGAUCAUCUUGGACCUGGACAACGAAGAGUACACGAAUGAGCUAAGUCUCGACGAGACCCAAGAAUCCACCUUGCAGCAACGUCAGCCGUGUGGCCCGGGCCAAGGCAGCUCCAAAUUUAUCGAGAUGCACUGGCGCAAAAAUUACAAAUGCUGGUACGAAAACGAGCACACAAAUUGAU